AUGGAGUCCGCUGAUGUUCCCAAGAUGACUGCUCUUCUUCUCAUCAAGCACAUUUUCACACGCGAUCUAAAGUCAAGAACAACCAUGAGCUGGUCUAAUAGAUGCUGGUUCUCGAUCCUCAUCGUGCUUUUCUCUGCUUGGAGGCCAGUUAGUGGCGGAUCACUGACAGAUUUGGAGUUUGAACGGAGUCCCAACACUGUCAUCUCUUCUCUGGGUAAACCUGUCAAAAUGCACUGCACCCUGAAGGGUACGGGGGACGAGGAGGAGGACCCCCCCGAUGUGCUCUGGCUGAGAGACGGUGUGCCGCUGCAGUACGCAGACACCAACCAGUUCCAAGUCCACACCGGCAGCAACAGUUGGACCAUCAUGAGCACGCUCAGCAUUGAGAAGGUGCAGCUUCCCGACAUGGGCGCCUAUCGAUGUGCAGUUCUAUCACAAAGCCACCAGACGAUGUCUGAGGAGGGGAACAUUCAGCUGGAGGGCCUUCCUCAUUUCUCUGUGGAGCCGCAGCACAUGUCUCUAGUAGCCAAUGUGUCCCUGAGCCUGAGCUGCGUGGCCCAUGGACCUCCGGAGCCGGUCAGACUCAUCUGGCUGCAGGACGGAGCUCCUCUCAACUCGCUGUCAGACGCGGUGGCUCUGUCACCCUCCACACUCAACCUCACAGGUUUGAACAGGACCAGCACUUUUUCUUGUGAGGCGCAUAACCGCAAAGGUGUGGCCACCUCUGGAUCCGGUACCAUCACUGUUCUCCCAUCCCAGCCUCACAACCUGAGAGCUGUGGAGAUCACUCCGACCAGCGUCCGUUUAUCGUGGCAGCCUGGUUUUGGAGGCGACUACCCAAUAAUCCGUUGCUCUGUUCAGGCCAAACACUCAGGAAAGCCCUUUGCAGCGGGCCCAGAUAAGAUGAUCCACAACCAGAAUGUGAACAUCCCACCGGCCACACACCUCAUCGGGGACCUGGAGCCCCACAGCCUCUACGCCGUCAGGGUGGCCUGUCACAGCAGCCAGGGCCCGUCCGACUGGUCGCCCUGGGUGGAGCUACGCACCAAAGAAGGAGUGCCAGACAACCCGCCUGUGAACGUGAGCGCGGCGCUGAACGGUACGGAGGUGCUGGUGGCGUGGGAGGGGCCUCCAGGGAAGCUGAAUGGAGAACUGCAGGGCUACAUGGUGGAGUACAGCACGCCGGACACACAGCAGUUGGUGGUGGACACUGGAUUGGACUCUGAGUUGUCAAUCAAUCUGUCUGUCCCCCUGUCCAAUGUGUCUUUUCGAGUGUGUGCCUAUACAGGAGCGGGUCAAGGACCCUGGACCCCCACACAGACCGUGACCCUUAUUACUCCAGAAUUGGAGGAAUUAAGAGGUCCGUCAUCGCCCCCGGCCUUUUCCUGGCACUGGUGGUAUGUGGUGAUGGCCAUCGCCGGCGCCGUGGCCAUAGCUGUGCUCAUGGCUGUUUACGUGGCCAAGCUGCGGCACAAGGAGACGCGAUUUGGAGAGGCGUUUGAGCCCAUGAUGGAGAGCGGAGAGCUGGUGGUCAGGUACCGCGCCCGCCGCACCUACAGCCGCAGGACGACAGAAGCAACACUGAACAGCCUGGGCAUCAGCGACGAGCUGAAGCAGAAGCUCCAAGACGUGAUGGUGGACAGACAUAAACUAACCCUGGGAAAGACCUUGGGAGAAGGGGAGUUUGGCUCCGUGAUGGAAGGACUGCUGACUCAGGAGGAGUCUUUCCUCAAAGUUGCUGUGAAGACUAUGAAGAUUGCCAUCUGUACCCGCUCAGAGAUGGAAGAUUUCCUCCGUGAAGCUGCCUGCAUGAAAGAGUUUGACCAUGCCAACGUCAUGAGGCUUCUAGGUGUGUGUCUGCAGACUGUGGAGAGUGAAGGUUACCCCUCCCCUGUGGUCAUCCUGCCCUAUAUGAAACACGGAGACCUGCACAGCUAUCUGCUGUACUCCAGGCUGGGAGACUGUCCUGUGUACCUCCCGUCUCAAAUGCUGGUAAAGUUUAUGGCCGAUAUUGCCCGAGGGAUGGAGUACCUCAGCGAGAAGAGCUUCAUCCACAGAGACCUCGCCGCUCGCAACUGCAUGCUGAAUGAGAACAUGAAUGUGUGUGUGGCCGACUUUGGCCUCUCCAAGAAGAUCUACAAUGGAGACUACUACAGGCAGGGGCGGAUCUCAAAGAUGCCCGUCAAAUGGAUCGCUAUCGAAAGCUUGGCGGAUCGCGUCUACACCACCAAGAGCGACGUGUGGUCGUUUGGAGUCACCAUGUGGGAGAUCGCGACGCGGGGCCAGACUCCCUACCCCGGCGUGGAAAACAGCGAGAUUUAUGAUUACUUGAGACAGGGAAACCGUCUCAAACAGCCACCAGACUGUCUGGACAGCAUCUACUCCAUGAUGUUCUCCUGCUGGCUGCUGAGCCCCAAGGACCGCCCGUCAUUUGAGGCCCUGCGCUGCGAGCUGGAGAAGGCCCUCGAUGAUCUACCGGACACCCAGGACCCAGACGAGAUCUUGUAUGUCAACAUGGACGAGUCUUCCAUGGAGCUAGGGGCCGUCGGCGGCCGUGACCCCAUCGGGUUGCCGUCCCCUCUCUGCCUGAAGGGCCUGGACUCUGUGACCACAGUGGAGGUCCACCACCCCAACCGCUACGUCCUCUGUCCCCAACACGAGACCAACCGAGCCCUCUCCGACUCCCUGGAGAGCCUGGACAUGCCGGUGUCGUCCUCCGCGGCCACGCUGCCUCUACAACCGUCCUGCCGCUCCACUCCCAAUCCCACCCCGACCGUCGAGCUGCUGGAGGACAGGGAGGGGUCCAGGAAAAUGCCCUGGCAGUGAUGGCUUCACUCUUACAAAAAUGACUCAUCACUGCCAAAGUGUGCCAUCCUUUAACCCCCAGUCCAAGAUCGAGAUCCAGCUUCUUACUGUAAGAAACCCAAUGUGCCCCUACAUACAGAUUUUGCACAAAUACACUCACACACACACACACACGGCCGAACGCAUUCCAAGGAAGUGAAGGAUUGUGGAUUGUUUCCUUUGUCAACCCUCUCUCUUUCUGAAAAGAGCACAUUUUCAAGUGAGUGUAAAAGUGACUGUGUGAUUAGUGUAGCCGGAGGAACACUGUUACCAACGACAGACGGUGGGUGGACAAGUUUAGAGCACACGUUGUUGCCCACGAACACUGCAGCACAAUCAGAGAAAAGAAUUCCCAGUGGCUAUAGCAAUAAAUAAUAUACCACAUCUGCACAACUACCUGUGUACAGCGGAUCGAUCUCCUUCACGGGAUUAAGCUAAAAAAAAGAAAUCUUUGUGAAACCAGCUCAGACACUGCCAGGCUGAAUCUACAACCAAACAAACUCAGAGGCUUGAACUUGUGAGUUAAGUGCUAACGUGGAGGACUCACACCAGCUGAGAAAAGUCUUCCUCUCAUCCAUCUGAAUCCCUGCUUCUGUGUAACUCACAGCAAAAAUAACUUGGUAGGAAAGAAAGGAAGCAGUGAAGGUAUCAUCUGAUGAAGACGACUGGCUGCUUUAAGGUUAUAUUGAUAGUUUAUGAAGGACAAUAAGAGGAGUUUAUGGCUCAUUUAUCCACUUUGAGCUGUGGUUUCUGUGUCUUCACUUUAAGGAUGCUACACAGAAAUCCUGAAGUUCACUUUACCUGAAGUUAGGACACUUUUACCCUAAAGACUGCUCCAGGGAUGACGUAUUUUUGUAGGCCAACCAGGAAGUUAGCAUGACCCUGGGUUCCCUCAACAAAAAGCCAAUGGGAUUUUUCCAUUUUGGAUUAUUGCAGAAAAUAAGCUCUGUGGCAA